AUGAAAUUGAAGCAAAUUUUUGUGAUUUUUUUCCACUUUCUUCAAAUAAACGGCAAUAAAAACGUCGAAAUCCACGAAAUUGGUGCAAUUUCAACAGCAAUUGCCGACGUUUGUGAAGAAUUUUUCAUCAAAAAAUCAAUAAAAUUUGAUGUCAUUCUUUAUGGUGAGCCUACAAGCCGCCUAUUUGACAUUAUUGAUGGACUUCUUGAUAAAAUUGUAAGUCAUUCUCCGAUAGUUGUUGAACAUGUUAAAACCAUUUCUAGAUGGCAUCACUCAAUGGAACGAUCAGCUGUGAUUUUUGUCAGCAACGAAUAUUUUUUGAAUGAAUUUUCAAAUUUUGCAAAGCUUGGGAACAAUUUUGGAAGUGAAUUGACAUUUUUAACAUUUUAUGAAGAAGUUUUUUACUAUUUUUUCAACCAAAAAAAGCCGCAGGGUGAAUUCCUGACUGACCAGACGUCGGUUAGGGAUCAUCAAAUAUUUAUUGGCAACUUUCGACAUGCUGACACAAUUGAAUUAAUCACGAUUAAUAUUAUUAGUGAAGAUUAUUGCAAUAAAGCAAAAUUUAACUCGGUUAAUCGAUUUAUUAAGUCAAGCAGAACAUGGAUGAGCAACUUGACAGCAUACAACAGGUUUAAUACCUUCUAUGGAUGUCAUAUGACUGUCCUUGAUGAUUGGGGUCCAUAUCUGUAUCCAAACGUUGGCAAUGAUCGAGUCAUCGAAUGCUUCAGAAAGGAACGAGAAGAUUGCGUGACUUUACUAACUUAUGUAGCAGCAACCAACGAUCUGCAAGGGUUUACACUUGACAUUUUCAAAAUGGCGGGAAAAAUUGCAAAUUUUACACAAAGCUUUAACAUUCAUGCUUUACGUCAUGAGACGAUUGGACUAAUAAAUCCAAUUGUUCGAACAUAUGUUGGAAGUUAUGAUUCAGUCUUUUCUGGAUAUUCACCAACGUCAUUGACUUUUGAUGGAAGUUACAUCUUGGCUGCAACUCCACCUGAAUUCUAUAAUAAUUAUGAGAAACUUUGGCUGCCAUUCGAUCGUGCUACGUGGACCAUCUUGUUCUUAAUGUUUGUAGCUAUAUUUACUGUCAUUUUCUGGUUACACUUCAUGCCUAAAUCUUUAAGGAACUCUAUUUUUGGUCGUGAAAUUAAAAGUCCAGCACUGAAUUUCGUUCAAAUAUUUUUUGGAAUUCCACAAGAAAAACUACCGACUGCUUCAAUUCCUUGCUUCAUUCUUAUACUCUUUAUUGGAUUUUGUCACAUUUUUCGAACUUGCUAUCAAAGUAUGUCAUUUGAGUUGAUGACUAGUGACGUUAGGAAGCCACCGCCAAAAAAAAUUCAGGAUUUGAUAGAUAGAAACUAUACGAUAUUGUCUUGUGCUGAUGGACAUGAGGAUAUUUUAAAUGAAAUUCUUGCUGAAGAGAAAAGGAGGCCCACAACAAUAAUAGAAACGGAUUGUAGUCAAAUCAUCAAAUCAUAUUGUGACAAUUUUAAUAAAAUAGACGCGAAGCUAGCAUUCUUCAUGGAAGAAAUUCAGUACACGACUAGAAAUUCAUUUUGUAAGGGAGCUGGAGUGAAGCUGAAAAACUUUAAAAAAGAAGCAAUGGUUUCAGCUUUAUUUACGCUCAAAAAUAGCUUUCUGUUUGACACAUUCAAUCAGCUUAUGGAUAAAAUAGUUCCAGCUGGAAUUCCACAAUAUUUGAUCAAGUAUCAUGAAUUCAACAUGUUUAAAGUCUUUGUGCCAGCUGAAGUUAGCGCAAUUAGAGUUUUGACAGUUCAGGACCUUGAAUAUGGAUUUGUGUUGUGGCUUGGUGCUUGUGGAAUUUCUUUGGCUGGAUUUUUAUUGGAAUUAAUGUGGUUCUAUGUUGUAAUGAAAUUCUACAACAUAUGGAUAUUAUCCUGCUGCCUAGCACUAUCAAAUUGUAAUUUAAGCAUCGACAACACAGACACUGAUGCAACUUCAACAGCAAUUGCAGAAAUUUGUCAAGAAUUUUUCAUCAAAAGAUCGAUAGAGUUUGACAUCAUUUUUUAUGGAAAGUCUCAAAGUCGUUUGAAUGACAUUGUCAAUGGUCUGGUGGAUAAAAUUGAACAUAAGCUUCCUAUUACUGUUAAGUAUAUCUGGGAUGUUUUUCGUUGGGACUACAGAUUGAGUCGAUCAGCUGUAAUUUUCAUCAACUUUAAGAUAUGUUUUGUAGAAUUUUUAAAAUGGACGUCAUUUGGGAAUUUAUUUCCGAAAGAACUGACAAUUUUGAUUUAUAAUGAAGAUGGACUUUACAACUUGAUUGAGUUAUUAAGGAAUUAUGGGAGUUCUUAUAAGUCAGACGUUGUAUCCGUCCUGCAUCAAGCAUUUUUCAUUGCUGAUUUUAAGUUCAGCAAUAGUGUUGAUUUAUUCACAAUUACACAUUUUCAAAGUUCCAGCUGUGCUCAAUAUAGUAUUUAUCCUAUCAAUAGAUUCUUUAAACCUAGUCGAAAAUGGCUUGGAAAGUUGAAAUUUCUUAAUAAAUUUGCCAACCUUUAUGGAUGUCCAAUGACAAUUCUCGGGAAUUUCAGUCAUUACUUGUAUCCAAAAGUUGGAAUUCAUGAAAUUAACGAACAUUUCAUCACUGAUCAAGAAAAGAGUCAUUACAUGCUUACAUACGGUGCUGUAACUUUUGGACUGCAAGGAUUCAUAGUUGAUAUUAUUGACAUGCUGGCCACAGCUAUGAACUUCACACCAAUCUAUAAAAUUCUAUAUGAAGAUCGUGAACUGGAAAUUCUUAUUGAGCCAGUCGCUAGAAUAUUUAUUGAACCAAUUGGAUAUUUUUUUGAUGGCAUUGCAUCGACGUCUUUUACACUUGACAGUGGUUUUAUUAUAGUUGCCACACCGAAUGAAUUUUAUACAGCUUAUGAGAAGCUUUGGCUUCCUUUUGAUCGUCCAACUUGGUUGCUCUUGUUAACGACCUUUGUUGUUGCUUUUCUUAUAAUUUUUGGUCUUAACUUUGUGCCAAUAACUGUAAAAAACUUAGUAUUAGGACAAGAAGACACUAGUCCAGCAUUAAAUAUCAUUCAAAUAUUUUUCGGAAUUUCACAAAUAAAGUUGCCAAGAGCAUCAAUUCCUCGCUUUAUUCUCAUGCUGUUUAUUGGAUUUUGUUUGAUAUUUCGAACUUGUUAUCAAAGCAUAUCAUUUGAGCUGAUGACGAGUGACGUCAGGAAGCCACCACCAAAAAUUUUCAAAGAUUUGGUUGAGAGGAAUUACACGAUACUAUCAUGUGCACAUGGGCAUGAUAGAAUACUAAAUGAAGUUAUUAGUGACGAAAACAGCAGAAUAAACGUUGAAGUUGAAAGUUUUUGCAGCAACAUUUCAAAGAGAUAUUGCGACAGUUUUGAUAAAGUUGAAGCGAAAUUAGCAUUCUUUUUUGAAGACUUACCAUACGCAAUAACUCAGUUUGUGUGUAAAGGAUCUGCAGUCAAAUUGAAACAUUUUAGAAAAGAAUAUCAAAUUGUAGCUUUAAGUACAUUCAUAAAUAGCAUCUUGUAUGUUAAUCUGAAUAAGCUGAUGAACAAAAUAGUUCCAACUGGAAUUCCACAACAUUUGUUCAAAUAUCACGAAACUAAUUUAAUUAAAUUAUAUGAGCCUUUUGUUGACCGGAGUCCGAAAGUCUUAACAGUCGAGGAUUUAGCUCAUGGAUUUGUGUUAUGGAUUGGUACUUGUGGAGUCGCUUUUAUUGGAUUUUUAUUGGAAUUCUUGUGGUUUUAUGGUGUAAAAUAUUUAAAAGAUUUGAUAGUUCAAGUAAGUUCCAAACUAAUCAUGAACAGCUCCGACAUUGAGUCAGUUUCAGCAGCAAUUGCCGAAGUUUGUCAAGAAUUUUUCAUCAAAAAAUCAAUCGAGUUUGACGUCAUUCUGUAUGGAAAGUCUACAGGUCGACUCAAUGACAUUGCUGGUCAUCUAAUUGCGAAGUUAACAAGUCAAUCGAAAAUAACUGUAAAGUAUGUCCGGAAAAUUAACAAUUGGCACCACAAGCUUAAACGAUCAGCAGUGAUUUUUGUCAGCAGUGAAUUUUUUUUGAAUGAAUUUUCAAACUUUGCAAAAUUUGGCAACAUUUUUCCGAUAGAUUUGACAUUUUUAACUUAUUAUGAGCAUAUUAUUGAUGUCAUGCUGAAGCAUGCAAUGUCACUAAAUAUCAAAUACAAAAAUGACCGGAUUCCAUUCAAGUCCUCACAAUUUUUUCUUGGAACUACAAACUCUGGUGAAUUUGUAAGUUUAUUGACUAUUGACAAUUUUAGUGACAAGUCAUGCAACAAUCCACUGAUCUUUAUCAUCAAUAAAUUCAAUAAAACUAGCAGGAAUUGGAUUGAACCUCUUAAAUGCUACAAGAAGUUCGUCAACUUCUAUGGAUGUCCACUGAUUGUCUCAGACAUGUUUGGACCUUAUUUGUAUCCAAAAAGAAGAUUUGCAGAAAUUUCGGAAUGCUUUACAAGAGACCCGAAAAAUUGCUUGGCUUUAUUGACUUAUCUAGCUGCAACUACUGGUCUUCAAGGUGUCGCUGUCGAUUUAUUCAACAUGGCAGCUAAAAUUACAAAUUUUAAGCCUAGCUAUGAACUACGAGUUAAUGAAGUUAGACCAAUGAUACCAAAAAGACCACCGGAAGUUGCUGUUUAUGUCAGUAAUUACGAUCAACUUCUAAAAGGCUAUGCACCGACCUCCUUAAACUUUGCAAGUAGAUUCAUUCUAGCUGCAACUCCGAGCGAGUAUUACAAUAAUUAUGAGAAGCUGUGGCUUCCAUUUGACUUUACUAUCUGGAUACUUUUGCUACUUACACUUGUCCUUGCAUUUGCUGUCAUUUUUGGUCUUCAUUUUGCUCCUAAAUUUAUAAGGAAGACUGUCAUUGGUGUAAAUAUCGCAAGUCCAGGAUUAAAUUUCAUCCAAAUCUUUCUCGACAGCUCAUUGACAAAAUUACCUAAAUCUACACUUGCUCGCUUCAUUCUCAUAAUGUUCAUUUGGUUCUGUUUAAUAUUUCGUACUCUAUAUCAAAGUAAGUCAUAUGAUUUAAUGACAAGUGAUGUGAGGAAGGCACCACCAGUCACUGUAGAGGAUUUGAUUGAAAGGAAUUACACAAUUGUGACAUUUAAAUCACAUGACAGAUAUUUGAAUGAAAUGAUUCCUGAUGUAACAAGCAGCAUAAAUCUAAAGAUUCAUGAGAAUAGCAUGGACUACAUUCAAACAUAUUGCAACAACUUUGACAGAUCAGAUGCAAAGCUAGCUUUUUUCUUAGAAUAUGUCCAAUAUGUCAUGUUAAAUUCAGUCUGUAAAGGAGCGGCAGUCCAACUUAAGAACUUCAGAGCAAACUCACAACUAUCAGUUCUAUUCACAGUCAAGAAUAGCUUCAUUCACAGGACAUUGAAUGAAAUUUUGGAAAAAAUCGUUCCAGCUGGAAUUCCUCAAUAUCUUGUUAAUUAUCAUGAGAUUAAUUUGUAUGGAAAAUAUGAUUCUUUUGUUAUGUACGGUCCAACAGUGUUGACAGUUGAGGAUUUAGCUCAUGGAUUUGUGUUGUGGCUUGGCGCUUGCGGAGUGUCUUUUAUUGGAUUUUUAUUGGAACUUUUGUGGUUUUAUGUUGUAGAUUAUUUAAGAGAUUUGUUGGUCGUGACUCAAUGUGGCAUAAAAAUUGAUUUUACUGAAAUUGAAGCCAUAUCAACAGCAAUUGCAGACGUUUGUCAAGAAUACUUCAUCAAAAAAUCGAUAGAAUUUGACGUCAUUGUCUAUGGCGAGUCUCAAGAUCAUCUGAAUGACAUUAUCGAUUGUCUGCUUGAUAAGAUUGUGUAUCAGCUUCCUAUUGCUGUCCAGCAUGUUAAAGAUGAUCAUGCAUGGGAUCAAAGAUUAACUAAAUCAGCUCUGAUUUUCUGCAGCAGUGAAUAUUUCCUAAAUAAAUUCUCGGAUAUCACAAAACUCGGAAACAUUUUUCCAAAAGAAUUUAUUUUUUUGACAUAUUAUAAGAAUCUUGUUCAUGUCAUGAUGAGACAUGCAAGGACGACUAGCAAGAGAUACUUAAAUGACCGGACAUCAGUCAUGUCCCAUCAAUAUUAUAUUGGAAAUUCACAUUAUGGUGAAUCUGUGAUUUUAAUGACAAUUGAUCACUUUAGUUCCAAAUUAUGCAACAGUCCUCAACUUUAUGUGAUUAAUAAGUUUAAUAAAUUCACAAAAGUAUGGAACAAUCCACUUGAGUACUAUAAAAAGUUUGACAACUUCUUUGGAUGUCCACUGAUUGUCUCAGAUAAUUUUGGACCUUAUUUGUACCCUAAAGAGAAGUCCAAGGAAGUUUUGGAAUGUUUUACAAAAGAAUUUGAAAGAUGCUUAACUUUACUGACUUAUUUGGCCACAAAAGUUGGAUUUCAAGGAUUUGCAGUUGACAUUUUCAGCAUAUUGUCGAAAUCUUUGAAUUUUACACCAAAUUAUGAUCUUCGUAUGAAUACAAAAAUGUCACAACUGCCAAUUGAAUCACCAGAAGUUGGAAUCUUUGUUAGCACAUACAGAGAAGUCAGCUCCGGCUAUGCACCGACUGCACUUCACUUUGUCAAUAGUUAUCUUCUAGCAGCUACUCCGAGUGAAUUUUAUAACAAUUAUGAGAAGCUUUGGCUUCCAUUUGAUGGAGUUACGUGGCUUCUUUUGUUAAUCACAUUCCUUUGUGGAUAUUUAAUCAUUCUUGGACUUCACUUUGCACCUAAAUCUAUUAAAAACUCAAUAAUUGGUGUUAACAUUACAACUCCAGCAUUGAACCUAGUUCAAGUAUUUCUUGAUAAUUCAUUGACCAAACUUCCAAAGACUUCACUUGCUCGCUUCAUUUUGAUGCUGUUCAUUGUUUUUUGUUUGAUAUUUCGGACUCUUUAUCAGAGCAAAUCCUUUGACUUAAUGACUAGUGACAUUAGGAAGCCACCACCAUGUGAUGUUCAAGAUUUGAUUAUCAGGAACUACACAAUAGUGUCAAAUGCACAUGGACAUGAUGAAAUUUUGAAGGAACUAAUUCCAGAUUUAGACAGAAUACACCUUAUAGUUCACGAUAAUAACAUUGAAAGUCAGCAAGUAUAUUGCAAUAAUUUCGACAAACCAGAAGCAAAGCUAGCUUUUUUCCUAGAGAAUGUCCAAUACAUCAUGCAAAACUCAAUCUGCAAAGGAGCUGCAGUCAAGGUUAAGAACUUUAAAGGAGAUGGUGAAGUUCCAGUGCUGUAUACACUCAGUAACAGCUUUUUAUACAAAACAUUGAAUGAAAUUUUGGAACAAAUGAUUCCAGCUGGAAUUCCACAAUAUUUGGUCAAGUAUCACGAAGAAAAUUUGUUUGGAACUUUCGUUCCUUUAGUUGCUAGUGGUCCGAGUGUACUCACAAUUGAGGAUUUAACUCAUGGAUUUGUGUUGUGGAAUAAUAAAGAAGUUGAGGCAGUCUUGACAGCAAUUGCAGAAGUUUGUGAAGAAUUUUUCAUCAAAAAAUCGAUAGAAUUUGACGUCAUUUUAUAUGGAACGAUAACAGAUCAAGUUGGUGACAUAGCAGACCUUUUAAUUCAUAAGGUUGCACCAAUCAGCAUAGUUCAUGUCGAAUAUGCUGCUGAUUUAAUAAUGAUGGAAUAUGAGCCAUCCAACCACAGCUAUAUCUUUGAUAAAACAGAUUUUAUGUCUUACCAAUAUUUCAUUGGAAGUUCCUUAAAUGAAAAAUCUAUUGACUUGAUGACUUUUGAGAACUUUGAUGCGACAUCAUGCAAUAAGCCAGUGCUGCAUAUUGUCAGCAUGUUCAAUAUAUCAUCUCGGUCUUGGUCUACAAAGUUUGAUAGCUAUGAAAAAUUCAUCAACUUUAAUGGAUGUCCAUUAGAAGUUACAGAACAUUUCGGAUCAUCGCUAUACAUUAAAGGAACCAGCAAAGUCCAUGAAUGCUUUUCAAUGGGCCGAGAAAAUUGCUUAAAUUUACUUAUUGAGCUUUCUAAACGAGACCAAUUUCAAGGAUUUACAGUCGAUAUUUUCAAAAUGGCUGCAAAUAUUGGAAAUUUUAAGCCAAGCUUUAUGCUGCGACAGGAUUACUAUACAUCUGGUGACAUUAAACUGCUUUCAUUUGCUCCAAAAGUUGGCAUUUUUGUUGGUGUUUAUGGGGAUAUGCUGAAUGGCUAUGCACCAACUUCACUGACUUUUGACAGUCGAUUCCUUUUGGCAGUCACUCCAAGUGGAUUUUACACAAGUUAUGAGAAGCUUUGGCUACCAUUCGAUAAUGCAAUAUGGACUUUACUAUUCCUUAUAUUCCUUACAGCUUUUACCAUCAUUUUUAUUUCAAGAUUUUGGCCUAAAACUCUCAGGAACUUAAUUUUUGGUAACGAAAUUACGAAUCCAGCUUUAAAUGUUGUUCAAGCAUUUUUCGGAAUCUCACAAAUGAAGUUGCCGACUACAUCAGUGUCACGCUUUAUUCUCAUGCUUUUUAUUGGAUUCUGUUUGGUGUUUCGGACCUGCUAUCAAAGUAAGUCUUUUGAUUUUUUGACAACUGAUGUGAGGAAGCCACCACCAAAGACAAUUAAGGACUUGAUUGAUAAAAAAUACACAAUUGUGACUUGUGCACGUGGACAUGAUCGAAUUUUAAAAGAUAUUGUCCUUGAAGGAUAUGGCAGUGAAAACGUAAAAGUUCAUAAAUAUUGCGUGGAAAAUGUCGCACUUUAUUGCUCGAAUUAUGACAAAGUGGAUGCAAAACUAGCUUUUUUCUUAGAGGAAAUUGGAUACGUUUCAAUAAACUCGAUAUGCAAGGGAUCUGCAAUAAAAAUGAAGAACUUUGAAAGAGAAGCUCAAACAUCAGUUUUGUAUACAAACAGGAACAGCUUCAUCUUCGAAAUUUUGAACAAAUUAAUGGAAAGAAUUGUUCCAGCUGGAAUUCCUCAAUAUUUGAACAAGUAUCAUGAAUCUAAUGUUUAUAGAACUUAUUAUCCUAUAAUUGAUAUUGACCCAAAAGUUCUUACACUACAAAACCUAGAAUAUGGAUUUGUUCUUUGGAUUGGAUCGUGUGGAAUCUCAGCUGUUGGAUUUUUAAUGGAACAUUUAUGGCUGAAAGGCAGAAGAGUUUGUCGAUCUAUCAUUGGUCUGUGGAUGCUGAUGAUUCUAGAUGAUUUAACAUCAAUUAAUGUUGAAAUGACUGAACAAAACCGUAAACGAACUGCCUCACAAUGUAAUGAACCUGAAGCUUUUGAGCAAGUAAAUGAUAAACUUCCUGAGUCUAUCCAAUGUUAUAAAGAUAAUGCAUUAAUAUUGACAACUAAAGAUCCAAAAGAAAAAGUAUCAAAAUUAUUUCGAAAACUUCAAAACGAUUAUAAUUUAAAAAGGAAAAUUAAUUUUCAUCAUUUUUACUUUAAUGUUGAUGAAAACUUAAUUCUUAAUUAUAUAAAUCCUUUAAAAAACGAAAAGUUUAAUGAAUCUCCAAUUAAAGUCAAUUAUUUUCAAUUAAUAAAUGAUUAUGCUGAUAAAAUAAAUCUUCAAGGAAUUGAUGAAUCCAAAAAGUUGGAGCAUUUUGAAUCUUUAAGACUAAAAUCACAACAAAGAAUCAAAGAAUAUGAAGAAAUUAAGCUUAAUCAUCGUUCAAUUCUUGAAAAUACAACAAAUCCAGACGAGAAACUCAAACAAAUAAAUAUUUUAAAAGAUUUACAAACAAAAAUUGACGAAUGUGAUGUUUUUACAAUUGUUAAUUAUUUCAAUCCAAGCUCAAUUAAAUUUUACAACAAUAAUGAAGAUGACGAACUGUAUUUAGAAGUUGAAAGUAAAAUUAAUGUUAAAAUUCAAGAAUUACUGACAAUAUUUCCGACUGAAUUGUGUUAUUUAACUGAAGAUGACAAGAAAAAUGACAUGAAUCGAUCAAAACAAUCUUUUGAGACUUUAAUGACUGAACAAAAACAAUUAAAAGAUUCAAUUUCUGAACUAGAAGAGAAUGAACAAAAUGAAGAAUUGUUGGACGAGUUAAAAAAGAAAUUAAAAAUAAACAUUGAGGAUAUUGAGAAUUGCAAACUUUGGGAUAUUUUUAACAAGCCUUAUUGUGGCGUAAUAAAAUCAAUAAAAAAUUCAUUUAAUGGAUAUUCGAAAUUAAAGCCAACAAUUUUUUUAUUAUCUGUAAAAGAUCAUACAACUUAUGAAUCAAGUUUAAUUAAAAAAUAUUAUCAUGAUGUCUUAAAUAGUGACAAUUGGUCAAAAAUUCGAAAAAUAUUAAACACAUCAGAAAGAAGAAAACGAGAAAUUGUUCAGAAAAAAUUAGAAAUUCAACAAAAAGCAGAUUUUUAUAAAGCAAAGCCAUCGCAUUUACUUUGUGUUAUUACAUACAGAGAUUCAAUAUUUAUUGUUGAUGGAUUAUUUGAUGGAUUUUUAAUAAAUCUUGCCGAUAAAAAUAUGCAACAUGCUAUAAGUGCCAUUCCUUGUAGUGCUUCCAUAUAUAAAUUAUUAGAACAGUUUGGAUAUAAAAAUAAAAGAGGAUUUAGUAAUUCUGCAAAAAAUUCAUCAAUUCCAUAUUCAAGUGGAACUAAAAUCACAUCGGUACUCAUUCCAAACUUUAUUCAAUUUAAUGAACAAUUGAGAGAUGAAGCAAUAAAAUUAAAUGUCAAUCCAAUAAAAUAUAUUAAAGAUGAGAAAGAAAAAAUGAGAAAUGAAAGAAAAUUAAAUAAAAAUUUAAGAGGAUUGCCAUUUUUAAAAGAGAGAAUUAGAUUUUGUGUAAAAGCCAAUCCAUUGACAAACUUUUGUGAAUGUAAAAAAAAUUCUUGUUUUAUUGAGUACAGGUGUCGAAUGUGCUUUAUUAAUUAUCAGAAAGAAUUUAAAAAUGAUCAAAAUGUUGAGUACAAAUGUUCUUGUAGAUUUGUUGAAAAUAAAAAUUUUAAAGAAGUUCAAAAACUUUUUGAUUUUUGUAAAGUUAGCCAAACGGUUGACUGCAAACAGCAAAAUCAAGACUCAACUCAUGUUUGUGAAAUUGUACAAAAAAUAUUUGUGGAAAAAACUAUAAAAAAAUUAUGUUAUGAUCAAAGCAUUUAUUAUUGCAGAAAUCCUCUUUUACCUGAACACAAAACAACUUUAAAGAGACAAAAAGUUGUAAAUGAUGCAGGAUUUUUACAACGUCCUGAAAAAAUUAUUUUAGACAUAGAAAAUUGUAGAAAUGUUGCAAUUAACUUUGUUAGCGUUUUUGCGAAUAUGUUUGCUGAACAUCAAUUUCAUGCAUUUGAAAUUCUUUUUGGUGAAAUUGGUGUUAACAAAACAAGUACAAAGAUAAUUCCAAUUAGUCAUUAAGCUUUCAUAAACAAAUCAUGGUAGGAGGGUCUGGAACCAACCCCCCCCCCUCCCUCCGCUUCCCCGAAAGCGUAGCCAGGAAGCUAAUUUUAUGGUUUUUGUUUUAAAACCUGAUUUAAAGUUUUUAUAAAAAUUCAAAUUAAUUUGUAUGAAAUUUCAAUCUCAAGGGGGGAGCGACUAAGGACUCCCUUUAGGCUACGCCCCUGCCCCUCUCCUCCCAUUUGGAGACAUGCUAUCGUGUCUGUUCAAAACUUUAAGCAACGCGUACACUUAGCAAAUUUCUUUAAACUUCUCACACUUCUGGGAUUCUCAUACAAAGGGGGUGAAGGGUUCUAGACCCUCCUGGCAACUGGUAACUCAGUUUAUUAAUAGGCUGUCCAACUGUGCACUUUUGAGCAGACCUUUUUUUUCAUUAAAUUGCACUUUAUUGCAUUUAUUGACGACAUACUGUCCGGUAAUAAUUCACAUUUUACACUUUUGUAUACAUAUGAAUUAGUAUUAUGCAGAAUCAAACUUCUAAUCUAGGUUUCAAAUAAACUAAGGCUCUCGUUUCGAUCUUCUGUAGGCGUGACGUGAUACUUUUCAGGUCCGUUCUGACAAUAUUCCAUUAUAAUGUAAUCUUGUAGCUCUCGUCCCUAUUUCUCCCGCUACACUUCAAGUUCCUGACCCGUUCCUUAAUCCAACGUUGCCCAAAUGCCCAAUAAUGGCUUGAUUUCCUACAUUAAGCAGUCGAAGUAUCCAAACUUCCGAAAAAGAACAAAUUUGGAAAUGGCUGGAUUCGAACCGACGACCUUCGAGUUACCAUACCAAAUUUGAGCCAAGCGCCUUACCUAUUCGACCAGCAAAGCACUUAACUGCUUAAACCACUUUUUUGAACAAAUUCCGUCCAAAGUUCUUAAUGUCUUCCUUUUUGAACCUAUUUUUAUUGGUAAAUGAAUAAAAAUUUGGUCUGUCCUGCUUUUUCGGAGCUAAAAUUGGGACAAAAAACACUUUUUGGCAAAACAAAAAUGUUAUAAACCGAUGUACAACUUACUUAUUAAGCUAAAAUUCCGAAACAAUGUUUCAAAAAAAUUAUAAUAUUAAGAAAAAAAUGAUAAAAUUUUAUUAGAUUUAUUAAAAAUUGGUAAUUUUAAGCUUUUUUAUUUUUAUGGUUUUGUAUUUUU